GCCAAUUCCAAUCAUAAUCAUAACCAACAUGGUGGUGACUGGUGUUUGUCAAAGUGUUCGAUUUGUUGUUUAUGGCAAAGGGUGUGCGUGUAAAAUGAAUUAUUAAGAAUUAAAUUGUUUUUUACAUUUAGUAAAUAUGUUCGAGAGACUGUUACCAAUGAAAGACUGUCACUAAUGAAAACAUGGCUGCUAAAACUAUUCUUAAGUUUUUGUUUGUUUCAUUUUUGAUAAAGAAAGGUAUAACCUCCUCCUCCGACGACGCGGCGUCGACUGAAGAGGACACAGAUGACCUUCACGAGCAGAGCGUAGACGAGGGCAGCAAUCUGACCUUGAGAUGUCCUUCGCCGCUAGCAUCGACAGAUAGCAUAGUAGAGUGGAUCCGGGAGCGUCGCAACGAGCACAUGACUACUAGAGAGGACGGUACUCUCCAGCUGGUCAACCUCAAACGCCGCGACUCGGGAGUCUAUAACUGCUAUGUGAUAGAUGGGGCCGACAACUCGGUGAAACUGCAUCGACGGAUUUUGUUGCAUGUUCGCAGCGCCCCGCCACAGCUAGUCAACGUGACCGUUCACCCGUCGACGAUACUAGCGCUGCUGCGAUGGGACGUGGCUGAUUCGGGAGGCUACCCCAUCACCCACUUUACGGCCCAAUACAGGCUGGCCCACACCACACCCGGGCAUCCGCCGGACAUCUGGCAUCCUGUCAAACCGCCCCGUAUCAGUGCCUCUGCCACGCAGAUAGACAUCUACCAGUUGGAGCCGAACUCUACAUAUCAGUUUCAAGUUUGGGCCAACAAUAAGCUAGGCAUGGGUGAGGUGGUCAUGCUAGAAGGGUGCACACAUCAUGAUAAUCAGGAAAUAGAACUAGGACGCCACCUUCUGGAGGGCGCCGAGACGUUUGACACGCGCGUGUGGGUGGUCGCCGUGGCAGUGGUGAUGGGCACACUGCUUGUGCUUGCACUUGGCACCUGCUAUGCGCUCUACACUGAAUGUCGCACGCGUCCGCACGUGCCACUGAGCAAGCGCUACCUCAGGAUCCCCACCACCUCCUCGACUACCAACCACUCGUCUGCAUCCACCUCCACCUACUCGUGUCUCAUGCACCCCGACGACCAGGAAACAAUGGAACUUGUGCCCAACAUAAUCCUGAAUCCCGGUUACCAUGAAGACCGACAAACAGAAUGGAUCGAGCCGGACGAGAACUGCAACGACACGACAACGAUACGACUCAACAACAACAGUGUCGUACAGCCGAUGACGUAUCGGGUCUGACAAGGCGCCUCUAAACUGGCCUGCGACAUGUCGCGCGACAAAAUGCUGCAAGGAGACAUGCUGCUGCGACAAAAUGUUGCACGGAAACAUUUUGCAGCAGGGGAAUGUUACACGGAAACAUGCUGCAGCGACAAAAUGUUGCAGCGACAAAUUGUUUCACGGAAACAUGUUUCAGCGAUAAAAUGUUGCAUGGAAACAUGUUGCAGCGACAAAAUGUUGCAUGGAAACAUGUUUCAGCGAUAAAAUGUUGCAUGGAAACAUGUUGCAGCGACAAAAUGUUGCAUGGAAACAUGCUUCAGCGACAAAAUGUUGCAUGGAAACAUGUUUCAGCGACAAAAUGUUGCAUGGAAACAUGUUGCAGCGACAAAAUGUUGCAUGGAAACAUGUUUCAGCGAUAAAAUGUUGCAAGGAAACAUGUUGCAGCGACAAAAUGUUGCAUGGAAACAUGUUGCAGCGACAAAAUGUUGCAGCGUCAAAAUAAGUCACCACUAGCGCCUAAGUCAUCACAGCUAUAACCAUGUCAACGCCAAUCUACACUGCAACACAGCGACAACAUUUUCAGAUAAGCUUUACUAUGUUGAUUAACCAUUGUUGUUCUUAUUGAUGAAAUAGCUUAGCUAUAAAACACUUAUCGGGCUACUUUUAAAUUAAUAAAACAAAUUAAAAUCUUAUAGCACCCUUUAUUUAAAAAAAAAAUUUA